AUGUCGCGCGCCUCGAAACUCACCCUAGCGGGCACCUCGCUCUUUGCUGUUGGUACAGUUAUUAUGGUUCACUUCCAGCAGAAGGUUGAAAAAGAGGCGAUGCAUCAGGGUGUUGUGCGCGACAUGGAACAGCAGCGGGUCAAGAAGGAGCGCCAGCUUGAUUUCGACAUGCAAAGAGUAUUGGAGGAAGAGUAUAAGAAGGGUCAGACUGUUCGAGAUACUACAGACGAAAUACAAGCCAAAUCGUUACCAGAUCGGUAA